AUGAGAAACAACUGUGUCAGUACUUUUUAGGCAUUUUUCACACUAAGGAAAUUUAACAUCUAACUGGCCCAUAUGUUACGAACUGCGUACAUUUCCUCUUACAUGUAUCCAGCUUAAUAUAAGGGCGUAGGGAAAAGGAACAUUGCAGUGCUUUCCUGUGUUGUAAUGUCAUGGAAACAAAUUCACAACCCAAGUCACGAUGUAACCACUGACUACCGUUCAAAUUGUGCGCCGCGGAAUUCGGAAUUGUCUUUGGAGAUCUUUUACGUAGUGCCAUCUCGUGACAAAGGCUGAACCCAAUACUACUAUAUACACACAAACACACACAGCAGCGCCACAGAGAAUCAACAUCUGGUGAAUUUUUAGAAUACGAGUAGGGAAUGUAUGCAAAUAUUGUUGGCUAUAGUGAAGUAACGCCGUGGACAAGCUGCUGUCUUCGUUUGGUAGUGUUAAACGAGAACAUAAACUUGAAGAACUGGUGUUGCAAGAUGAUGUUGUUAUGUGUCUAAGUUCUGACUUAAUUUCCCAGAACUGACUAAUAAUUUUACUCAACGCUAAAUUUUUAAAUAAUUAUGUUGGCUGUCAUUUGGAGACAUGCUUUGCAGAACUUCCAUAUUCGUUCUUCUCCCUGUGACUUUAUUAUUUAGUAAUGUAAAACAUUUGUAUUUCAUUUCUGUGAUAUAAUAUUUCUGUCAGUAGUUGGGAAUUGAGUUUUAAUUCAUUGUGACUGCCGUUUAGAAUUUAUUAUUUCAUCAAGGCGUAGUCUCACGACAUUCCGUUUUGGCGAUCUUUCGUAAUUGAUAGGGCAGUUGGUAGCGUAAGCGUUUCAACAAGGGUAGUAGAUAUUGUGAUCGCAGGUGUUUUGUUUGUGACAUUUCUAAGAAAUCUGGAUGAAAAACCCAGACGCAAACCUGUGUGAUUUUGGAUUCCAGGACACUUAUUCGUAUUCAGGUCUCAAGAACACACUGAAAGCAGCAGUCUUCCUUGGGUAGGUGGCAUUUAACUGGGUAUUAACUGCUGUUAUGGAAAUUCCUUGAAGGAUACUACAGUGGCCUAUGCAUGUUAGGGGAGUCAAAUGCGUACAGAAUGUAUGGAAGCGGCAACUGGGAAGGCCGCCGAGGCGAUGGUGAAUUACUUUGCCAUCCACUAAGAUCAAAGACAAAGAAUGGGUGAAAAACGGGGAAUGAAAGCUCUGGAAGCGUGGUGCAAGAAAGUGACGGAUGGUUACCAAGGAGUCAAAAUUGACAACAUGACAACUUGUUGGAGGGAUGGUCUGGCCUUUUGUGCAAUCAUACAUCAUUUCAGACCAGAUCUUAUUGAUUUUGAUAAUCUUGAAAAGAAUGACAUCUACCAUAACAAUGAGUUGGCAUUCCGGACAGCAGAGCAUCAUUUGGGGAUUCCUGCUCUUCUAGAUGCCGAGGAUAUGGUGGAAUAUGAAGUUCCAGACCGUCUCUCCAUCUUAACAUAUCUCUCACAGUUCUAUCAAACAUUUACAGGCAGUCAACAAGGAGCCUCACCUACGAGGUCAUUGCCAAAGAGGCCGGUAGCGGAAACUGAGCAAGGAGUAUUGUCUCCUGUGUCAGAAAGUCCACCCGGCAAAGUAGCUGAACGAUUGGGACGUAGGGAACCAUGUGCAAAGUGUGGACUUCCUGUAUUUAUAGCAGAACGUCUUUUGGUAAAUGGGCGGACACUUUAUCACCGUUCGUGUUUUCGGUGUGCCCGCUGUCAGCACCAGCUCAGUCUUGCCAACUUCUAUGAGACAGAAGGGGGAGAGUACUGUUGUGAAACAUGUCCAGAUGAGAUUCUUCACCCAUCUAAUGUUGAAGGAGACAAAUCUCAAUUUGCUAGUCAAAAUAUUCCGAUUAACCUUGAUAUGAUAGGACAUGCCGGUCCAGAAGAUGAGUACAGUGUGGAAUUUGAGUUGGCAUUGGACACACCAACAGUCCCAAAUAUUAGCGAGGGCAAAGAACAGGUGGAAUUAAAAUUUUCUAAAGCUCGUUCUGAUUUUAUGAGUAGUCAGCUGAGCCGUCCUGGAUUACAAGAUACAAAAGAAUUAAAUAGUGUUACUGAUCUUGGAAAGACAUUGGCAGAGUCUCAACAGUUGGGUAUUAAUGACAAUAAAGAUGAUGUGUGUUCUUUGCCCUCACAUUGUAAUGCACUACAGGAAACGAACUUUGACCAUACCAGCUACUCUCUUUUAAAUUCAAAUUCCUUAAACAAUGUAGAUAACUCAAGAAACAAUUUGAGUAGUGAAAGUAGUUUUGUAAAUAUUGACAGUACACUUUCACAUGGCAGUGGAGGUUGUGUACAAGCAAAGUGUUUUUAUACAGAGUCAAAUAUUUCUAACACUGUUGGAGGUAGUUUAUUCUCAGGAAAUGGUGUUCCUUUGAAAGUUAGCUGUGGUAGUUUAAAUAGUGUUGGUGGUGGUACACAGCUCGAAGCUAGAGGUGACAGUAUGGCUGUGGAGGACAAUCAUAAUAAAGAGCUGGACUCUUCAGAUCUGCCAUCUUCCAUAGUCAAGAUGAGACUGAAAUUGUUUGAAAAAAGUGGUGAUACAGAAGUUGGUACUAAAGCAUCAAAGACCACAUGUAAUAACAAAUGUGCUCUGUAUCAAAAGGAUGAGACCAUCUCAGCUCCCCUGGAUAUGCUUAUCACUAGAUCUGAAUCUUUUGGACAAACAGAUAAAAAGUUACUGGUUGAAGAAGAUAAGAUUGGACUGCAAGAGGGUCAAGAUGGACAAGAGAAGUUGGUUGGUGACACUGAUAUUUCCAAAGAGAAAAGUUUUGAAAGUGAUGAAGUCAUUGAAAUAGUUGGCUCACCUUUGAAAAAUGAAUCUCAAUCACAUACUGGUGACUCAGUUGAAUAUAUAGGUACUGGGUACAAAGUGGCAAAUAUGCAUGAACUUAAUAAUAGUGACAUUCCAAAAGACACAACUGCCAUCAGAGUUAUGGAGUCUGGUAAUAUUCAGACAAAUUUGACCUUGCCAAAAAGUAUGGAUGUAAGGCAGAACAGUGAUUGUACUUAUCCCAAAGAACUUAAUCCAUUUGGAGAUGAUGAUGAUGAACAGACAAACAAACAAAAUGUUAGUUAUAAGCCAUCUGAAACAAAAGUGGCACAAGAAAUUAAUCCGUUUGGAUCUAGUGAUGGUGAAGAAGAGAUACGGAUUACAGUGGAGCCUCCUACACCACCUGUUCCUGUUACCAGAGGGGGAACAAAGAAGGUGCUAGAAGCACCAACAGUGUGUCUGAACCCUUUUUGGAGUGAUGGAGAAGAACCAAGCAGUGGGGAUGAGAAUAUUGAUUCCACACACAUUGUGCAGGCGAAACAUCCAGUACCACGGCCUAGGACUGUUGUGAGUGUUACUACUGACCCAUGUCCAGUGCCUCGCAAAUCAUUGCUGACAAGCAGUACUGACAAAUUUGGGUCAGUAUCAUCACUGUCAAGUGUUAGCUCAGCUGGUGGAACCCCAGGUCGAAAGAAAAAGAAGCCUGCUCCAGCUCCUCCGAGAGCCCAAGACCUCUUCCCAGGAACAGUUGCUACUCCAUCUGAUUACUCAUCGAGGGCCUCAUCUCCGUGUCCCAGCUUGGGAUAUUCACUUUCUCCAAAAUCUUCUCCUCACCAUCGCAAGUCUCGUCCAGCCCCUCUUCCACCUAUGGCAAUACAAGAAACAGCUGCACUCUCAUUUUCUGAGGCCAAACUUGUGGUUGCCAAGUCUGAAGAUUCAUCUUCUCAUUCCUCAGAGUGGGAACGUGAAAAAAAUAAAAAAGACGUAACAAAUCGCAACCGUCAGAGUCAAACCUCAAAUACAAUCACUUCUGGUCCCGUGUCACCAGGCGAACAGCAGCUGAUCUUUGGGCCAAACAAGAGUACGUAUGGUCAGUGGAAGCGUAAGAAAGGGCCAGCACCUCCACGGCCUGUGCCACAGCGCAGACAGAUAAAAGCUAUUCCAAUGACAGAAGUGAAGAGAGAGCUUGAUGAUAUUGAAGUUCAGCAACAGGAGUUGGAGAGACAAGGAGUGACGCUGGAGGAAACCAUUCGUGACAAGUUUGAUCAGGCUCCAGUUGCUAAUGAUGACUCCAGUAUGACUCCUGAUCUUGAAGACUUGGUGUUGCAACUGUUUGAAUUGGUGAACGAAAAGAAUGAGUUGUUUCGGCGCCAGGCAGAGCUCAUGUAUUUGCGUCGCCAGCAGCGUCUGGAAGAAGAACACGCAGAUUUGGAAUACCAGAUCCGUUGUUUGAUGGAUGUGCCAGAACAUACAAAGACAGACUCUGAUAAAGCUCGUGAGGAGGAGCUGAUCCAGCGCCUUGUGGAGGUGGUUGAACGUCGUAAUGAAGUAGUGGAAUGUCUUGAGAUGGACAGGAUACGUGAGGCUGAAGAGGAUCGUAGCAUCCAUUCACGGCUUGGCAUGUUUUCCAAAGGAAAGAUUUUGUACCAAGAGGAAUUUACUUAUUCAAAAUCUGAUUAUGGAAAACUGAAGAAAAAGAAAAAAGACAAAGAUAAAUAUAGUAACAUGAAAGCUGUGAAAUCUGGCCUUGAUGCAGAUAAAGACAUAGAUGAGAGAGAAGAAGCAAUGCCAAAAUAUAUGAAAGAGAAGAAGAAGUCAAAGAGAAAAUGGUUCUGAGAUACUCCUAACCUGAAAGGGUUUGGACAGUACUUUGGAUGAGUACACAGAUACUUAAAGCCACUUUCUCAGCAGGUUCCAGGAAUUGUAUAUUCUCUUUUAUCCAAAAUAAUGCGACUUAUAUCAACAUGGUGAUUAUGAAUAUGUCAGAAGUAUGUGGAAUGAAAUGGUUGUGACAUAUUUUAAAGCACUGUCCCUGUAUUUGUAAGAGGAAUAUGAAAAAUGUUACAUAAUGAGCAGCUUUAUAGUUUAUACACAUAAUGUAAUAUUGGUACAGUGAUUGUAUCAAGGAAGACGAAAUGCACACAAAAUUUUUUGUUGGAAAUCAUGGAAGGGCAGAGAUCACUUUGUGACAGUGUGUAGAUGAGAGGAUAAUAUUAAAAUGGGUCUUACAGAAAUAGGGUGUGAAUGAAUGGAUUGAAUUGAAGUGGCUCAAGAUAGGUUUCACUGGUGAACGUGGAAAUGGGGCUUCUAGUUCCAUAAAAACAUAGAAUUUCUUGACCAAGAACUGGAUACUUUUCAAGAAAAAUUCUGCACCAGAGUCUUUGGUGCAGGAUCUUUCUUGUAAAGUUUAUUAAUUGGUUAGUCAGAUAAAAUUUUUUGAUCAGCAGAAUAGCUGCUAUGUGUUCAAGGAAGACCGUGUACCAUAGAGUUAGUUCUGAUAAUUUCUGAAGGAUUUUAGAAUUGUUUGCAACACUAAAAUCAGUACAGUGCCAUUAUAAUGUACAUAAAAGAAUGGAAGUGAGGACAUACCAUGUUCAUCUUCAUCUUUUAGAAGUGUUGACUUGAAGACGCAACAAUAGGACCACGUGAUUUUGGAUUGAGAAAUAUAUCAUGUACAUACAUUGUUGUAGAAAAGAAAUUCUGUACAGAAAUAAUGAUAAUUAAAAAACUAUUUUCUUAUUCAUA